AUGGCUAACUUUUACCCCUCGCUGGCGCAAUGCGCCAUUGUUGCUACCGCGUUCAAGGUCACCCUUUUUCCUGCGUAUAAGUCCACUGAUUUUGAAGUCCACCGUAAUUGGCUGGCGAUCACCCACUCUCUCCCUGUGGACAAGUGGUACUACGAGAAAACUUCCGAAUGGACACUCGACUACCCACCGUUUUUCGGUGUGCUGGAGUGGCUGCUCUCGCAAGUGGCCGUCCUUGUUGAUCCGGCGAUGCUGAAACUGGACAAUCUCAACUAUGAGUCCUGGCAGACGGUUUAUUUCCAGAGAUGCUCUGUCAUUGCGCUGGAGUUUGUUCUUGUAUAUGCACUUCAUCGAUAUAUCCAAUCGGUGGAAGUUGGGAGCAAACGGCUCGCGCAUGCAGCCGCGCUCUCCAUCCUCCUAUCCCCCGGUCUUCUCAUCAUCGACCACAUCCAUUUCCAAUACAACGGAUUCCUCUACGGGCUUCUGAUCCUCUCGCUCGUCCUGGCCCGCAAGCAAUCCACCCUCCUCUACAGCGGGAUCACAUUUGCCAUCCUCCUCUGCCUGAAACAUAUCUACCUCUAUCUCUCACUGGCAUAUUUCGUCUAUCUCCUCCGGGUCUACUGCCUGCACCCCAGGUCGCCAUCGAUCUUCCGUCCCAGAUUCGGCAACAUUUUCAAGCUGGGCGUCGGGGUGUUGGGCGUCUUUGGCGCUGCGUUUGGACCCUUUUUCUACUGGGGCCAGAUGGGCCAGCUGAAGGCCCGCCUGUUUCCGUUCUCGCGUGGGCUGUGCCAUGCGUAUUGGGCGCCGAAUGUAUUUCGUGUUUUUGUUUUUGUUUUAUAUUGUCCAUGCGCCUGGAUCACGGAAGGAACCAAGAAUCUAACAAACAAACUCCGAUCUCAUAACCCAGUCGCACCACAUCUUGGCCUCAAAGUUGAUUCGAGUGCGUUGGGAAGCGUCACCAGGGGGCUUGUGGGAGACACAUCCUUCGCCGUGCUCCCCGAAGUGACCAAAGAACACACCUUCACCCUGACCCUCCUCUUCCAACUUCUCUGCCUCGCCAAGCUCUGGCUCCAGCCAGACUGGGACACCUUCCUCGGCGCCGUGACGCUCUGCGGCUACGCGGCGUUCCUCUUCGGCUGGCACGUGCACGAGAAGGCGAUCCUGCUCGUGCUUAUCCCCUUCAGCCUGCUGGCGCUCCGGGACCGGCGCUUCUUCAGCGCCUUCCGCCCGCUCGCGGUGGCGGGCCACGUGUCGCUGUUCCCGCUGCUCUUCACGGCCGCCGAGUCCCCGCUCAAGAUCGUCUACACGGUGUUCUGGCUGGUGCUGGUGCUGUCUGCGUUCGAGCGGCUGGCGCCGGCGCCGGUGCGGCCGCGCGUGUUCCUGCUGGAUCGGUUCUCGAUCCUGUACGACAGCGUGGCGAUCCCGCUGGUCGUGUACUGCUCGUUUGUGCAUGGGGUGGUGUUUGGCGGGGGGCGGUAUGAGUUUUUGCCGCUGAUGUUUACGAGUUCGUAUGCGGCGCUGGGGGUGGUGGGGAGCUGGGUGGGGUUUAUGGUUGUUUAUUUUACUGCGUAG